GCCGAUUUCUCAGACCCCUCCCAGUGUGGGCCCAUCUGCAGGUAUCCCAGGCAGGGCGGGAAGGAGUAGGGUUUGAAGUGCUCAGGGUCGAUUUCUCAACCAACCACAGACUAUGGCCGUAACCCUGGAAACUCAGUGAGAGGCCGAGUCAGGAAACCGCUGCUCGCGCACAAUCAGACUUUCGCUGGGUCUCUUCCUGCGGGCACUGGGGCCCGUUCGGGUUUUAAGGAGGAGCGAGCGUUAACUCUCGGACUCCUGGUGUCUGUCCUCACUGGAUAAUUAGUGACUAAUUGACCAAUUUCCCCCUCCCCUCUUCCGCCACCCUAGUUCUGCACCGCUGUGAACAUGGAAAUCGGCAAAUCUCAAGAAAGUGUUAAAGUGAAGGCCAGCCCCAGGAUGUUCAAGGAAUAUUUCCAGUACAAGGGGAUCAGCUUCCCCAGGCUGAUCUACUCGGAGCAGGGGCUGCGGGAGGUGGAGAACGAAUUCCAAGUCCGGGAUGAUGACGUCUUUAACGUCACCUACCAGAAAUCAGGGACCGUCUGGAUGCUGGAGAUCCUAAGCCUCAUCCACAGCAAUGGGGACCCCAGCUGGUGCCGCACGGUCCCUAACUGGGACCGGGGGCCCUGGUAUGAGACUGUCGUGGGCCUCCAGAAGGCACGGAGCAACCAGGCACCCCGGCUCAUCAGCUCCCACCUGCCCGUCCAGCUCUUCGCCAAGUCCUUCUUCCAGUCCAAGGCCAAGGUGCUGUACACAUUGCGGAACCCCAAGGACGUCUUCGUCUCCCUCUACCACUUCGCCCAGAUCUUCCGCCCCUACAAGGAGCCGGGGCAGCUGGACCAGUUCCUGGAGCAGUUCCUGGAGGGAGACGUGCCCUUCGGCUCCUGGUUCGACCACGUCAAGGGCUGGAUGGGCCUGCGGGACCACGAGAACUUCUUCUGGAUCACCUAUGAGGAGCUGCAGCAGGACCUGCGGGGCAGCGUGGAGCGGAUCUGCCAGUUCCUGGGCAAGCCCCUGGAGGCGCGGGCGCUGGACGGGGUGGUGGAGAACGCCUCCUUCCAGGCCAUGAAGCAGAACAAGAUGUGCAACUUCAGCCUGGCCCCCGGGUUCCUCCUGGACCAGACCCAGAGCUCGUUCCUGCGGAAAGGGAUUGCCGGGGACUGGAAGAACCAACUCACCAAGGCCCAGAGCGAGAAUUUCGACCGGAUUUACCAGGAGCAGAUGCAGGGGCUGGAUCUGAGCUUCCCCUGGGACGAGCCAAGCCCCCAGCCCUCCCCACCCUCCACCAACUGCUCAGGCCCCUCACCGGGUGGCAGCUGAGACAGCAGGGAGUGCGGUGCACUGAUUACAGCAGCGGGGCUGGGAGCCAGGACUCCUGGGUUUCGGGUUUAACAAUUGAAAACAGGACUCCCAAGGGCAGGGAUGGGGGUGUCCUUGAGCAGUGGGGUGCAGGUUGGGUGCUGGGGGUCAGGUGUCCAGGAGGGGUAGGAUGGGCCCAGGACUCUGUGUUCCCAGUGGCUCCCCGUGGGGCGGGUGGAUCUCAGCAGCUGCGCUAACCACUAGACCCCACUCCCUGCACCCUGUGAGGCCAUGUUAGUGGCCCCUCUGGGAGGUCUCUUGGGAGAGGAUGGAGCUCCCCCCGCCCCCGGCAGGAUCCCUGCCCCAUUCAGCCCCCACAAGGUGCAGAGGGAGUGGGAGGGGGGCUAGUUCAGUGUGUGUGUGUGUGUGGGGGUGUCAAGGGUCCCCCAGGAUCUGGCCUCCUCUUAACCUGAGAUCUGUAGUAAACACAGAACAAUAAAACUCAUUUCUC